AUGGAAUUGACUCGAGAAAAUUCAAGAACGAUGAUUUAUUACGACUUUCGAAGUGGUUUAACACAAAAACAGUGUGUUGACCGGAUGAUUUCUGCAUUUGGUGAUAAAGCCCCAUCCAAAACCACAAUUUAUCGCUGGUUUGCUGAAUUUCAACGUGGACGUGUCAAGCUCAGUGAUGAUCCCCGUCAAGGUCGUCCAAAAACUGCAGUCACCCAAGAAAACGUUGAUGCUGUCCGUAAGCUGAUUGAGGAAGAUCGACAUGUGACAUACCGCGAAAUUCAGGCAAGUUUAGACAUUGGCAUGACUCAAAUACAAAUAAUCUUGCAUGAACAAUUAGGUGUGAAAAAGUUGUUUUCCCGAUGGAUACCGCAUUCAAUCUGUGAAGAGCAAAAAGCGGCUAGCGUUACUUGGUGCGUCAGAACUCUCGAAAGAUUCCACGCAGGAUCCUCAAAUGCUGUAUACAACAUCGUAUCAGGUGACGAAUCCUGGAUAUAUGCGUACGAACCCGAAACAAAAAACCAGUCACGAGUUUGGGUGUUCGAAAAUGAGUUAAAGCCAACAAAAAUUGUUCGUUCACGCAGUGUUGCAAAAAAAAUGGUGGCCACGUUUGUCUCCAAAACCGGCCAUGUUACGACUAUUCCUCUUGAGGGACAAAGAACGGUUAAUGCAGAAUGGUAUGCUAGCAUUUGUUUGCCACAGGUCGUUUCUGAACUCCGUAAAGAGAACUGCAACCGCCGCAUCAUCCUCCAUCACGACAAUGCGAGUUCUCACACCGCACACAGAACAAAAGAGUUUUUAGAGCAAGAAAACAUAGAAUUAUUAGACCAUCCGCCGUACAGCCCCGACCUACGCCCUAAUGAUUUCUAUACUUUCCCUAAAAUAAAAUUGCGUGGACAGAGAUUUUCAUCACCUGAAGAAGCUGUGGACGCCUACAAAACGGCCAUUUUGGAGACCCCAACUUCCGAAUGGAAUGGUUGCUUCAAUGAUUGGUUCCAUUGUAUGGAAAAAUAUGUAAAAUUUCGCGGAGAAUACUUCGAAAAGCAAUAA